CCGAUACCGUACGGUUUGAAAAAAAUUAUGGUGCCGUACCGUAUUCCGGUCAACGAUGAUCGUCCCUGUUGUUAUCGGCGAAGCCAAUUCAUUGAGAGAUUUCACUUCAAAGCGCCAAUGUAUGUCGAGUCGCCUUUAUUGCAUGAAAGUAUUUCGAUUGACUGAGUGAGAUGAAAUUACGCGGCUUUAUCACGCGCAGACGAUGCAUGGGAAAGAACCUUGCCUUCGCCGACGUUCUAGUCGAAGAAUGCGAUGACGAGUCAUCGAUAUUGCUAUCUCCACCCGAGCAACCGCCAGAGAGGAAGAUAGAAGUCAUGUUCCAGCGUGGAACACCAGAAGCUGUUUGGGAUAGCGAGAUCAAACCUACAAACCAUGAAUUUCCAACCAAGAAUUCCGCAUUGCCAUACGGCGCCUUGGUAUUCUUGGAUGUACGGGUUCCAGCCAAGGGGAAAAUCGCGUAUCGCGUAGAGGCAUGGAAGAUCAAAGUAAAUCCGAAAGAAGGCGCAAUUAUGACCGCCAGAGAAGGUCGAUCAGAGGGAGUCUCUUGUUCUAUUUACCUACAGAAAAGGUGCGAAGCUUUCUCCAAAUUCAAUGGCGAAUUUCAUAAGCUCGGUCCAAAGAAGAAAGACGUGAGAAAAUCGAAUCUCGAGGGCGAAAGUCCGUUGGAUAACAGGAAUAAGAUGAAAGCUAGCGAUGUGGCAGAUUUUUCUCAUGGAACGAAUAAGAUGAAAGGAAUGAGAGCCACGAUAUUUGCAACUUGGUUGGUUGAUACCUACGGAAAAGAUAACCUAGCCAGGGGUGGUGGUGUCUUGGACGUUGCCGGUGGAAAGGGUAAGCUGUCCAUACAGCUAGCUCUGCAGGGGAAGAUACAAUCAACAGUAAUAGAUCCCCUAGUUCGUAAGCACGGGAAAAAAUUUGACCCCAUAGGGGCUAGACGAAUUAAAAAAGCCCAAGCACCACACCCGACUUUGUUGUCGAAAGAAUUCAAUCGAACGACAUUUCUAGAGAUUAGCGAACAAGAAGAUCUCGUCAAGAAUUCUAGCAUGUUAGUGGGUUUGCACCCGGAUGAACCUACAGAAGAUAUACUAGAUAUGGCUCUGCAGUACGAAAAAAACGUAGCAAUCGUUCCGUGCUGUGUCUUUCCUUGUUUCUUUCCUCUUCGGCAUUUAUCGGAUGGAAAAUUCGUAAGAACCUAUGAGGAUUUUUUGGAGUACCUUUUGGCAAAAGAUGAUCGGUUGCGGAAACACACUUUACCGUUUCAGGGCAGAAACAUUGUGAUAUAUAUGAACCAAAAUAAGGCCGGUAGCAAUUCAGAAAUUUCCAACCUCAACUCUCUCUCCCAGUGUGUCAAAUGCACACGAAAUGGCCAGAAAGAUGAUGAUUCAUGCGAGCAAUAAUAUAUAAUUUGUUCAUGUUCUUUGGAAUACGUCGAGUAGUAUGUUAUAAAAGUCGUAUCUACAU